AUGGCUGGCUGGUGUUUUGGUUUCCGUGGCGGGCGAAUGUCCCUGGACUUGGAUGAGACCGGCUUGCCGGUGGUGCCUGGGCUGAGUCGCGAGGACAUCCAGCAUGGCUUCCGCCUCUUCUUCCUAAACCAGCACAAGAAGGCCGAGGAGUUCUUCGACCAGCACAAGGACAACGUCGUGUUGUUUGCCAUGGGCAAGUCCGCCGUCCUGUGGCUGUGGGCCCUGCUCUCUCUCGAGCCAGCGGACAUGGAAACAGCCAUCGAGCAGCUCAACGAGACCCACGCCCAGGCGACGGCGCUGCUGAAGGAGGUGCGGCCGCGCUCCUGGUUCCGCACACCGGAGGUCACCAACGAGUCCCUCCACUGCGAGGUGAUCAUCGCCCAGUGCAUCCUGCUCACCGCCACGCUGCAGUUCAUCAACGGCAGCCUGAUGGAGAAGGUCAAGGGCGGCAUCAACAUGAGGAUGGUCGUCGGCAAGUAUGCGCAGCUCGAGCGCGACUCCGCCGUCCGUAAACCGGCAGCCGACAGCACCAGCACCAGCACCAGCACCAGCACCAACACCAGCACCAGAAGCAGCACUGUUGCUGCCACUGCCACUGCCACUGCUGCGACGACGGCGGCUGCAAACCACGACGGAGAUGACGAGGCGCAGGGGGCGACGGUGGACGAUUGGGUCAUGCCGCAAACGCGGUCCAUGAUCCACUUCGGUCUCGGCGUGUUCAACCUCGUCACGUCCAUCCUGCCGCCGAAGCUGCGCAAGGUUGCGUCCAUAUUCGGGUUCCCCUGCGACCGCGCCAAGGGGCUCCGUCUCCUUCGUCGCUCCUUCCUCGCCGACAGCGUCGUCAGCCCCAUCGCCGCCCUCGCCCUCCUCGUCCACCACUGCAUCCUCCAGAUGUCGUUUGACGAGACCAACUACAAGUACAAGAAGGACGCGCAGGAGCUGCUUGAGAUUGCCGCCCAGCGGUACCCUGACGGCGGCCUCUUCCAUAUGAUGCGUGGGCGGUACCACAAGCUAACGCGACAGCUGCACGCGGCGAUGGGCUGCUUCAACCGCUCCAUGGAGGUGCAGCACGAAUGGCGCCCGCUCGUCGAUAUGGGCAUCUAUGAGAACGGCUUCAUCAGCAUGUUUCUCUUCGACAUGGAGCGUGCGCUGGAGUAUUGGGUCAAAUUGCUUGGCACAAACGAAUGGUCAAAGGUGUUCUAUGCGUACAUGUGCGGGGUGUGUGCGCACUACCUGAAUCGCACGGCAGUUGCGCUUGAGUAUUUCGAUCAGGUGAAGAACGCGCCCGUGCGUCAACUCCACGGCCAACAGCUCACCGUCGACAGAUUCGCAACCAGAAAGGUUCGCGAGUAUGUCCACGGCCGUGAUAUCCGCCUAUGUCUGGCACACCUCGAGGUCAUGUUCGUGUGGGGCGGGUUCUGCCAGAUGCCGCGACCCCAACUCGAGCGUGCGCGUGAUGAGAUUAUCGCUGCAUCGUGCGCAUCUGUUGAGGAGCGGGCGGUGUCGUGUCUGUUGCGCGGCGCCGUCGAAUCCCAGCUCCACAACUGGGCAGACGCACAGCACUUCCUCACCCAGGUUGAGGAGAUGAAGCACGACAUUCGCCGUGAAGUGUGGACCAUCCCAUAUGCGCGCUUUGAACUGGCAAAGGUCUGGCGUAGUGUCGACGGCACCACCACCCCUCGCGUCGCCGCAAAGCUUCAGAAGUCGUUCUACAAGUCGGAGCACAACUUUGACGUCCGUCUUCACUUCCGCGUCCACCUCGCACAGUAUCAACACAAGCACGCAGAGGAACUGGAGCUUGAGGACCACGGUAUGGACGACGUCACGGGCGGUCAAGUCAGCCGUGUCGAGAGCCGUGUCGAGAGCCGCGUUGACAGCCGUGUUGAGAGUCGCCAUUCUCCCGUGCAUGUGUCCGGCGGUGGUGUGCAGCCAUGGAGCGAAGGCGUCACGGCGGUUGAUGUGGAGCGGGUGGUGCGAGCUGGUCUCAUUGGAUUGAGCACCGCCGAGGAGGUGGACGAGGACGACGAUAGUGGAAGCGGAGGCGAAGGUGCGCUGGGCACACACACGGAUGAGGAAGGAGACAAACAACGACAACAACAACAACAACAACAACAACAACAACAACAACAACAACAACAACAACAACAACAACAACAACAACAACAACAACAACAACAACAACAACAACAACAACAACAACAACAACAACAACGGGUGGAAAGGGAAGAGGAAACUGAGGUUGUUGAAGGUCUGUUCUCACGAUUGCUCAGUGGCUUUGGUGCUACCACUCCACGCACACCCGUAUGAUGAUGAUGGUGGUGGUGGCUGCUUCCCAUUCUUUGUAUUUUACUCUCCUUUGACUGUGCGUGUUGCCCCCUGCCCGCCCUCUUUUGUUUGUUCAUAGGCAACGCCCCUCCCCCUCACUCCUUUGUCACAGUCGAAUGUGUGCACAAUCCCUCGCGUGCGCGUGAUUGCCUUGUUGCUAUGCCAUUCGUUCAUUGUUCAUUUCGCUCAAGCCAGCAGGCAAGCCAGCCAGCAAUCAAAGUUGUUUGCUCUUUGCUCUAUGUACACACAAUUUAAACUGCAUAUGUGCCCAAUUGCAAAACAUGUACAAAGCCACUCGCGCGCGAGAAAGAAAG